AUGGCCCAAGCUUCCACAUUGGUUGUACUUCUCGGCGUCGUCGUCGCGGCCUUCGCCCAGACUGAUCGUGAGUUCCUGAAAAAACGAAAAAGUAAUACACUACGAAAAACGGUUUUUUGAUGCCAACUACAGUUCACUCUGAAUCUCUGAAGAAACUAUGACGUCAUCUUGAUUGGAUAAUGACGUCAUUGAUUUUUUGAGUGCUAACUUGAAGUGACGUUAAUUUAUAAAAGGUAUUCAUCGAUGCUUCGUUAUAAAAAUGACGUCAUUUGUUGAAUUUUCGAUGAUGACGUCAUUCAAGGCUCAGCCUCCUUUUAUCAACUUUACCUCAUGUGUUUUAUGACGUCAUAAUUUCGGUCUUAGUGACGUCAUUAUUAUGUUCAGUGCCAAUUUUUUGUACCUUUUCUGAGGAGGGAAAACAAUAAAGUCGUCCUUUUCGUUACCUUGGCUAUUGACGUCAUAAUUCGAGUCGGUGACGUCAUAAAUCUUGUUUUUUUCAAAUUUAUUGAUUCAUAUUUAAAAGUUCGGAAGAACAAAUCCAUUAGCUGGUUCCUGAGAGACUCGAUAAUCCAAAAAUCAAGAGCAUCUAAAUUUUAUUUUGGUUAAUAGUUUUAUAGUGGAGCGAGCGAAGCUAUAAUGUAUUCAAAGCCUCAGUUCACGAUGAAAUUGUGUUUAAUAAAUGUUCCUAGAUUGAAACAACAAAAAAAAGUUUGAAAAUUGUUACUCGGAUUCUGAGAUUUUCCUGAUUUCACCUUUUGAGGCGUAACUCGCUAUCAAAAUGAGCUACCAGGCUAGUACUUUUUUUUCAACAAACUGGACCCGUAGGAAACCACUGUACAAAGCUUGACAAUAAUUGGACAACUUCUCGGAAAGUUAUGUCAAAAAAAGUGAAUAUGUGUAUCUACACGGUACUGUACCACCUAGAGUUGUUUUCUACACCCUUCUGAAUUUUUGAAAUUUACAAUACUUUCCAGUAGCCACUCUGCAAGCCCUGAGGGCUUCCGGCCUUUCCAACGCCGCUAUCAUCGCCAUCUCCCAAAUCGCGUCUCAGCAUCAGGUUUAUAGCGAGUAUCUCCGGAAAACCUUGACCUUUCAGGACGCCCUGAAACAGCUGCAGAUCAACCCGGCCAGCAACAACGAAGGCGUCAAGGCACUCAACGAUGACAUCGAGAAGUUCCUCGCGACGGCUUCCGCCGCCGACCAGGCCGCGUGGAAGAACUUCGAAGCCCAGAUGACCCAGAACUACAUCGACGGUUACACGAAAGUCAUGAAGGAGUCUGGACUUUCCGACGCGGCUAUCGCUCAGAUCACCGUCAUCGCCAAGCAGCACGAGGUUUCCAUAAGCUUUUUUUUUUUUGAGAUCUAGGGAAUUUUUUAAAAAUUGUAUCUGUCUGCCCUGACAGCCACUAAAAGGGACAAUUAAUCCAAGUAUUCAUUUUUAUUUUUUUUUUUUUUGUUUAUUCAGUAUCCCCUCCACUUUUCCAAAAAUCAAGCAGCUGAACCUCGAUUGUCUUCGAAAAAAAAAAAAUCAACAUUUUCCAUUUCAGGCAGCCCUCAAGGCCGCCCAAGGCAACCCAGGAGCUCUCCAAGCCGGUUUCGAGAUUCUGAAGGCCGACAUCGAGGCCUACAUCGCCACGGCUUCUCCAGCCGACCAGGCUGCCUGGAAGGUCUACUCUCAGAAAGUCCAGGCUCUCGAGCAGGCGGCCAACUAA